CAGACGUAACGUUGUGAGCGUUUCGUAGCGGACGUCGGAAUUAGUGGGAGCGGAGUGGGGCCUCGGGGGCCUCGCUAGGGCCACAGCGGCCGGCAGUUGGGCCCCCCGCCCCGGCCGGCGGUCCGAGGAGUGCAGGAAGGGGGCCGGGGGGACCCGCCCCCGGCCGGCUGAAGUCAUGAACUCCAAUGUGGAGAAUCUGCCGCCCCACAUCAUCCGCCUAGUGUACAAGGAGGUGACAACACUGACGGCAGACCCACCUGAUGGCAUUAAAGUCUUCCCCAAUGAGGAGGAUCUCACAGACCUGCAGGUUACCAUCGAGGGCCCUGAAGGGACUCCCUAUGCUGGAGGUCUGUUCCGUAUGAAGCUCCUACUGGGGAAGGACUUCCCUGCCUCCCCACCCAAGGGCUACUUCCUGACUAAAAUCUUCCACCCAAAUGUGGGCCCCAAUGGCGAGAUCUGUGUCAAUGUGCUCAAGAGGGACUGGACGGCUGAAUUGGGCAUACGACAUGUGCUGCUGACCAUCAAGUGCCUGCUGAUCCACCCUAACCCAGAGUCUGCACUCAAUGAGGAGGCAGGCCGCCUGCUUUUGGAGAAUUAUGAAGAGUAUGCUGCCCGGGCCCGUCUGCUCACAGAAAUCCAUGGGGGUGCAUGCAGCACCAGCAGCGGGAGGGCUGAGGCUACCCAAGACCUGGCCAGUGGGGCUUCAGCCUCCUCUGCUGACCCUAUGAUCCCAGGGGUCCUAGGGGGAGCUGAGGGUCCCAUGGCCAAGAAACAUGCAGGUGAGCGAGAUAAGAAGCUGGCAGCCAAGAAAAAGUUGGACAAGAAGCGAGCACUGAGGCGACUGUAGUGGGGCUCUUUCUCCUUCCCUCCCUUCUGUCCCCUCCCACUCUGUCUCUAAGUUAUUUAAAUUAUGGCUGGGGUGGGGGAGGGAGUUGGGGGGGGCACCAGAACCUGGAUUUGGUUUUCUAAAUAAAAAGUUGGAAAAGCA